AUGGCGGCGGUGCGGGCGCUGCGCGGGGCCGUGAACGGCGCCGGGCCCGGCGGGCCCCGCGAGCAGGCGGCGGCGCUGACCCGAGACUUCCUGUCCCAGCCGCGCCUCACUUACAAAACCGUGUCGGGUGUGAACGGGCCCCUGGUUAUCCUGGACCAGGUCAAGUUCCCCAGGUACGCCGAGAUCGUGCACCUGACCCUGCCCGACGGCACCAGGAGGAGUGGGCAGGUGCUGGAAGUCAGUGGCUCCAAAGCUGUGGUCCAGGUGUUUGAAGGCACUUCAGGGAUUGAUGCCAAGAAAACGUCCUGUGAGUUCACCGGGGACAUCCUGCGAACCCCGGUCUCGGAGGACAUGCUCGGCAGAGUGUUCAAUGGAUCAGGGAAGCCCAUAGACAGAGGCCCCAUUGUCUUGGCUGAGGAUUUCCUGGACAUUAUGGGGCAGCCAAUCAACCCCCAGUGCCGGAUCUAUCCGGAGGAGAUGAUCCAGACCGGGAUUUCAGCCAUAGAUGGCAUGAACAGUAUUGCCAGGGGCCAGAAAAUCCCCAUUUUCUCAGCUGCUGGGCUGCCCCACAACGAGAUCGCGGCUCAGAUCUGUCGGCAGGCCGGCUUGGUGAAGAAAUCCAAGGAUGUGAUGGAUUACAGCGAGGAGAACUUUGCCAUCGUCUUUGCUGCCAUGGGGGUGAACAUGGAAACCGCUCGGUUCUUCAAGUCAGACUUCGAGGAGAACGGCUCCAUGGACAACGUGUGCCUGUUCCUGAACCUGGCCAACGACCCCACCAUCGAGCGCAUCAUCACGCCGCGCCUGGCCCUGACCACGGCCGAGUUCCUGGCGUACCAGUGUGAGAAGCACGUGCUGGUCAUCCUGACGGACAUGAGCUCCUACGCCGAGGCUCUCCGAGAGGUGUCAGCAGCCCGUGAGGAGGUGCCUGGGCGCCGUGGCUUCCCCGGCUACAUGUACACCGACCUGGCCACCAUCUACGAGCGCGCCGGGCGCGUGGAGGGCAGGAACGGCUCCAUCACGCAGAUCCCCAUCCUCACCAUGCCCAACGACGAUAUUACUCAUCCCAUCCCUGACUUGACUGGGUACAUCACUGAGGGGCAGAUCUACGUGGACAGGCAGCUGCACAACAGGCAGGUAUUUACCCCCCCCAUCAAUGUCCUGCCCUCGCUGUCCCGGCUGAUGAAGUCGGCCAUCGGCGAGGGGAUGACCAGGAAGGACCACGCCGACGUGUCCAACCAGCUGUACGCCUGCUACGCCAUCGGCAAGGACGUGCAGGCCAUGAAGGCCGUGGUGGGCGAGGAAGCGCUGACCUCGGACGAUCUCCUGUACCUGGAGUUCCUGCAGAAGUUCGAGAAGAACUUCAUCGCUCAGGGGCCCUACGAGAACCGCACCGUGUACGAGACCCUGGACAUCGGCUGGCAGCUGCUCCGCAUCUUCCCCAAGGAGAUGCUCAAGAGGAUCCCCCAGAGCACGCUGGCCGAGUUCUACCCUCGGGAUGCCAAGCACUAGCCCGGCUCGCCGUGCCCCCGCUCCCUGCGGCGCCGGUUUGGUUCCCUUUUUUUUCCCGUGUGUUGGUGUUUUUUUUUCCCUGUCGCCCUCCCGGCUCCAGCCAGCAGCAGGUGAUGCUCGUGGCGGUGUUCCCCACGCUG